CCCCAACUCCUCGAAACCAUCACCAACCUCCUAACCACCACCAAACCCCCAAACCUCCAAUCCCUCAAACCCUACAUUCCCCACCUGACCGAGCCCCUCCUCCUCUCUCUCCUCCGCUCCAAAACCCUAGCCUCCAACCCCACCACACUCCUCUCCUUCUUCCACUGGGCCCACUCCCACCUCCCCCUCCUCUCCCAAACCCCUCGCCCCCUCCUCACCCUCCUCCCCUCUCUCUUCUCCCACAACAAAUUCUCCGACGCCAAAACCCUCCUCGUCAAUUUCAUCUCCUCCGAUAACCACAACCGCCUCCACCGCCUCCUCCUCCGCCCCGACGCCGCCGUCCCCAGCCGCUCCAAGGCCCUCCUCGACACCUCCAUCGGCGCCUACCUCCACGUCGGCAAGGCGCACCUCGCCGCGCAGCUCUUCACCAAGAUGAAGAAGCUGCGGUACCGGCCGAAUGUGCUCACCUGUAAUAGUUUGAUUAUGGCUCUCGUGAGAUGUAACACCUCUCAUUCUAUCGCAUUGUGUAGGGAGAUAGUUAGGGAUGCGAUUCGGUUAGGUGUUGGUGUUAAUACUAGGACUUUUAAUGUGUUGAUAUAUGCGGAUUGCUUGGAGAAUAAGUUUAGGGAUGCGGUUGAGUUGCUGAGUAAGAUGAGUGAGUUUGGAUGUGUUGCGGAUAGUGUGAGCUAUAAUACGGUUUUGGAUUGGUUGUGUAAGAAGGGGCAGUUGAGUGAGGCGAGGGAUUUGUUAAUGGAAAUGAGGAUGAGAGGGGUGUUGCCGAGUAGGAACACGUAUAAUAUUUUGGUUUUUGGGUAUUGUAAGUUGGGAAUGUUGGAGGAGGCUAGGCAGGUGGUGGAGUUGAUGAGGCAGAAUGAGUUGUUGCCGGAUGUUUGGACGUAUAAUAUGUUGGUUAGUGGGUUUUGUGGAGCCGGGAGGAUUAAGGAGGCGAUGAGGGUGAGGGAUGAGAUGGAGAAGUUGAAGCUGGUGCCGGAUGUUGUCACGUAUAAUACGUUGAUUGAUGGGUGUUUUGAGUGGGAUGAUGAAUACAAGGCGUUGGAGUUGCUUGAGGAGAUGGGUGAACGGGGAGUGAGGGCAAAUGAAGUUACUCAUAAUAUAAUGGUGAAGUGGUAUUGUAAGGAAGGGAAGAUGGACGAAGCAAGUGAAACUAUCAGGAAAAUGAAGGAAGAUGGGUUUGCUCCUUCUUGUGUCACUUACAAUACUUUGAUUAGUGGGUAUUGCAAAGCAGGGAAAAUGAAAGAAGCGUUUACUAUGAUGGAUGAGAUGGGUAGGAAAGGUUUGAAUAUGGACACUUACACCCUCAAUACCAUUCUUCACACAUUUUGCAGUCAGAAGAAGCUAGACAAGGCAUUUACAUUGUUUCAUACUUCGGUUGAGAGGGGUUAUAUACUUGAUGAGGUGACCUAUGGAACUCUGAUCAUGGGAUGCUUUAAGAACGAAAAUCCAGACAAGGCUUUGGAGCUUUGGAAAGAGAUGAAGGAGAAACAGGUCCUUCCUAGCAUUGUCACUUACAAUUCUAUAAUUAGAGGACUAUGCCAGUGUGGGAAAACCGAUCAAGCAUUUGACAAGUUGAACGAGCUUGUAACAACGGGUCUAGUCCCUGAUGAAACUACAUACAACACGAUAAUUCAUGGCUAUUGCCAUGAGGGUCAGGUUGAGAAAGCAAUCCAGUUGCACAACAAAAUGGUUGAGAUAUCAUUGACACCGGAUGUCUUUACAUGUAAUAUUCUUCUUUCUGGACUGUGCAGUCAGGGUAUGUUAGAAAAAGCUCUUAAGCUUUUUAACACCUGGAUUUCUAAAGGAAAGGACGUCGAUGCAGUUACAUACAACAUAUUGAUCUCCGGCCUUUGCAAAGAAAGGAGGUUUGAUGAUGUUUUUGGUCUUUAUGCUGACAUGAAAGAAAAGAAAUUAGCUCCUGACCGGUAUACAUAUAGUGCCAUUCUUGAUGCAUUUACUGAUACUGGUAAUGUUAAGGAAGCAGAAGAGUUUAUAUCAAAAAUGGUUGAAAUGGGGAACUUACAGGAUUGGUCCUUUAAAUUAGACAAGGGACCAGAUGGGGUGACCUGUGAAUCUUCAGUAGAAUCUGAUUCAACCUCACUAGCUUAUUCAGACCAGAUCAGUCAGUUGUGUAUGCAAGGUAAAUACAAGGAUGCAAUCAACAUUUUGCGAGAGUCGAAGCAGAAAGGUAUCACUUUAACUAAAGAUGUUUAUAUACAUGUAAUGGAAGGUUUGAUUAAAAGGCGAAAACGCACAUCAAAGGUUGUUAGGCUGUAGUGGCAACUUGGGUUAUCUUUCACAAUGUCCUUGAUAAUGGAGGUAGUCAAUAGGUUGCUGGAACAAGGGAAUAUAGUCUCGCCUCUUGGGGUGACGACCACGAGUCCAGUACAGCAAAAACAUGUGUUGAAGGAUGCUCAUCAUUCCUAAAAGCUGCUAUCAAGUGGUCUGCAGAACUUGGUGCACCUAGGGCUGGGGCAUACAUGUUAUGCCAGCUAACUAUAUGUACUUUGGAUCUCCUGAGGUGGUAAGUAGCAGCUGAGUACAUAAAUAUAAGUUACAGCGGUGAUAUAUUUAUGCAUAUACUUGGAAAUUCUUUUUCUUUUUGUGUGUGUGUUGUAUCUCAACAUUGUCAGUGCAUACAUAUAAGUAUCGUCUUCAUGCCUAGAUUUUGGACUAGUCAAAAGGUUGCUGGUACAAAGGAAAUAUAGUCCUCGCCUCCUGGGGUUAAAAGCAUGAGUCCAUUACCAGCAUUGAAGAGUAACACUAAUUCUCAACUGCCUGACUUCCAAUCUCCAUUGCCCCUGGAGUAAAUGGAGAUAUGCAACUCCCGGGUAUUGGAAGAUGCUAUUUGCUUAUGACUCGAUUCCACCAGUCGAUCCUGUCGAGAUCCAUCUAAAACCUCGCUUUGAUCCGUGCUUGUUGACCGGGGCUUCAUGUUGACAAACCAGUGUGAUCGAGGAGCGAAAGCCUUUACCAGAAAUGAAAUCUUGUUUUUAGGAUCUGUUAAUGAGGGGCGGAAUGUUAUAAACUUCAUAUAUGCAUAUCAGCAAUCACAUACAGAUUCUACUGGCUUUAUUGAUUCAAACCAUUUGGUUGCUGCUAAGCUCUGCAUUGACAGCUUGGAACUGGUUUGUUAUAAAGUCAUUGAUACUGCUGGAACAAAGGGAACAUUGUCCUGGGGUGGCCUCAUGGGGUUAAAGGGUGCUACCAGUACUGGUAUGGAACUAUUGAUCAGUAAUUCUCAACUGUCAGACACCCAUCUCCAUUCCCCUUUGGAUAAAUCAGAAAAUAGUGACUCAUCGAGGAGAUGAAAGAUAACACUGAACUUCAUAUAUGCAUAUCAGCAAUGAAUGCAGAUUGUAGUGGUUUUAUUGGUUCAGAUUCAUUGGGUUCCUGAUUGAUUCCUCCAAAACAGCAUCACCUGCUCAUUUCUUGAAAAUCUCAGCAUCAUUUUUCUGGUGCGAUUGUGGCUUUACUGUAUAGUGAUAGAGUUGUAGCAAACAGAACUGAUUUGUAUGGUAUCACCAUCUUGUCAUUGUAGUGAAAUUGUCAUUUGUUCCUUCUAGGAAGGAAGGCAAUGGAAUAAUUACUGAGAUUGGAGUCC